UUAUUCAAUGCCCACGUCGAGAUGAUGCUGACUUUGGUUGACAAUAUCCGUACUCGGGAAAUUUUCUCAACCUCCCUUUGGUAAAAAGAAAUUCUGGGUGAUCAUGCAAAGCAAUUGAAGUUUUAGAAUUUCCUUUCAAUUAAAAUUUUCACAAAUCCCACCAAAACCAGAAGCGUGAGGAAUGUGGGUUCUUAGCAGGAAAGGCCCAUCUGGGUUCUCAGCUUCUUCCACAGCCGAAGAAGUUACACAAGGAAUCGAUGGGGCAGGUUUCACUGCCGUUGUUACAGGUGCAUCAAGUGGCAUUGGCGCCGAAACUGCUCGUGUUCUUGCGCUGCGCGGAGUACAUGUAGUAAUGGCAGUUAGGAAUGUGGCCACUGGUAGGGAUGUCCAAGAAGCCAUAUUCAAAGAAAACCCAAGUGCCAAAGUUGAUACCAUGGAGUUGGACCUGAGCUCAGUGGCAUCUGUUAGGAAAUUUGCAUCAAAUUUCAAGUCUUCAGGUCUUCCACUGAACAUUCUUAUUAAUAAUGCAGGAAUCAUGGCGACACCAUUCUUACUCUCAAAGGACAACAUAGAAUUGCAGUUUGCUGUAAACCAUGUGGGACAUUUCCUUUUGACAAAUCUAUUGAUGGAGACCUUGAAAAAGUCAGCAGCAGAAAGCAACAGAGAAGGAAGGAUUGUCAAUGUUUCGUCACGACGACACCAAUUCUCAUAUCAUGAAGGCAUCCGAUUUGACAAAAUAAACGACCGAUCAGGAUAUAACAGUCUUUCUGCAUAUGGUCAAUCGAAGCUUGCUAAUGUUUUGCACGCUUUCGAACUUGCGAGGCAGUUGAAGGAAGAAGGGGUGAAGAUAACUGCUAAUUCACUUCAUCCUGGAGCCAUUCCUACUAACCUGUUUCGUUAUCACAGCCUUGUCAACGGUUUCCUUGGCCUUCUGGGUAAACAUGUCAUGAAGAAUGUACAGCAGAUAGUAGAAAAAGUCACCGACAUGUUCUACUGUUAUCGUCCCGUUUUCAGGGAGCAGCGACGACAUGCUAUGUUGCAUUGCAUCCACAAAUUGAAGGGACGAGUGGGCAGUAUUUUGCAGAUAGUAACAUAGCCAAAGCAAGCUCACAAGCCAAUGACAGUGAAAUGGCAACAAAAUUGUGGAACUUCACCCAAAAGUUGAUAUCCACUGCUUCAUAAAUUUCUCAAGAGCUUAUAUCAUUCCCACUGCUUCUUCAUCUGUGAAUCUGAAUCAAGAUUUUCAUCUUAUUAAUUGUAAGUUAGAAGUGUAAAUUUUCUUAAUGUGAAACACCUUGUGAUUUUGAUGAUAGGUCUCAAAGCUUGUUUGAUAACGUUUU